GAUACAUCAAUGAAAAUCUUGCAGCUAACCCAGAUAACAUGUCAGGAUAAUAUUUCUUGGAUGACAUCGCAUAAUAAGACUGAGCAGAUGAGAAAGGAGAAACACCAGCAUUUUAAUUUGAUGACAAACUGCAAUGAGCUGGAAUCUGUUGAUGUACACGAAAAACCAUCAGAUGAAACAGAAGAGCUCAUUGUAGGGAGGACAGAUGAGAAAAAUGAAAUAGUAGCUGCUUUACGUAACAGCAUGAAUCAUAAGUUCACCAUCCUUCCUAUAUAUGGUAUUGGAGGCAUUGGCAAGACUACUUUUGCAAAAUUGAUUUGCAAUGAUACAAAUUUCACAAGUUACCACCGCGUAUGGGUCCAUGUGUCCCAGAGAUUUGACUUGAAUAAAAUAUGUGACUCUAUAAUCUCACAGCUACCGGACAUGGAGAACCAAACAAAUAACGGACAGUGCCUCGUGAAACUAUUUUCUGGUAAGAAGACUUUGAUUGUUUUAAACGACCUUUGGGAGGAUAAUGCAUUUCAACUAGAGGGUUUGAAGGAUAAGCUAGGUUCUGGGGACAGGAUCAACACAAUUGUUUUAGUAACAACACGCAGUGAAUAUGUUGCAAGGAAAACUUGUGCUAACUUUGAACCAUACAAGAUAAAAUGCUUGACAAAUGACAUGUGCUGGGAAAUAAUAAAGCGAAAAAGUGGCUUUGAAGCUCGAGAUGACAAAGAACACUUGAUUGUUACAGGAAGGGAGAUUGCCCUGAAAUGUGGAGGCGUGGCUUUAGCAGCUCAAUCUCUUGGAUUCAUGUUGAAGUCCAUGACAGUUGAUCAGUGGAAAGAAGUCAAAGACAGUGAUAUCUAGAAUGAAUCUAUUUCGCAGGAUGCCUCUUUGCCAAAUCCCGUUCUUGCAUCCUUGAAAUUGAGCUGUACCUACAGUAUGGUUGAAUGCUUGAUGUCAUGCUUCACCUACUGGCAAUCUUUCCAAAAGGUUACUUUAUACUUAAAGAUGAUCUAAUUUACCAAUGGAUCUCUUUGGAUUUCAU